GCCUCUCGCUUUUAUUGUUUUGCGCGUGCCCGCUCGUUCAACCCUUCGUUUCCCGACCUCGUCCAUUCUUCUUCUUUUAAUCUUGCUUCCAGGCUCCCACCGCCCCGCCUCAAACGGCCUCUAGCAAAAUGGCGACGGUGGCGCACAACUAUGCACAGGAUGACGUGCACCCUCUCCUCAGGCACCCCCGACCCAUCAAGCGCGAUCCCGCCAAAGCACACCGCAUGUUGGGAUACCUGGCCGACUCGGAAGAAGCAUUCAAGGGCCUGCACCGGGAAAAAUCUGUCACCACACGAUGGCUGGAACGGCCAAUGUACGAACAGAGGGAGGCGGCCAACGCGGAAGAAGAAAGGAGCAUGGCCAAAGCCGAACCCACACCAGAGAUUGAGGCCAAGGACGAGCCCAAACCACUAUUGUCGGUGCACAGUGUGAUGAUUCCACAGGAGAAGCGGCACAGUGACAGCGAUUCAGACCUCCUCGACAAGUGGAUCAACCCGGAUAGGCCGACAUCGUCUAUCAAUCCUGAGACAUCCAUGGUGAAGCUUCCCGACUCGGAACCCAUUGCUAAGCGCGACACAUCGUCUGUCACACGACGCCCGCCGCCACUUGCACGCCCGCUAUCUUAUAACCCUCAGCACUUGCUGACGCCGGAAUGGACUGCCUCACCCUCUACGAUGGGUCCUGAAACAGCGGGCCUGCCGCCUCUGUCAUCAUAUGCCGAGAGCCCACGGAAGCCAAGCAGCACAUCUUCACGGGGCAGCUGCGAGUGUGAGCAGCGAAAUCCCGCCACAUGGAAGAACAAGUCGACGCAGAAAGCAAAGGAAUCGCGGGCAGAACGUCCAGUGUCAUACCAUCCACAAAGCUUUACUUCGUUCGAGAAUCCAGCAGUACAGCCACGCCAACGCCCAACAUCAUUUGCAAACUACCACCAACGCAAACGUUCUGGGACAAAGAUUGCAUCCUCACGAGGCUUCCGAAAAGACAGUUUCCCCGCCAGCUCGUCAAGGCCACCGUCCGGCAGUUUCUCAAAGGCAGUUUCAGGAGAAAACAUUGAGAAUGACACGGUAUAUCAACGCUUCGGAGACGACGAGGUUGGCCCACCUACGCCUGCAACAUCGAUAUCGCCCGCCAUCCCGCCGCCAUCCGUAUUCUCGGCAACUCCAGUGACGCCCGUGGCCACCACAUUCGAUUCGUUUGACAAGUUUGAGCACCUCGAGGAGAAGCCGAAGCCAGAGAAGAAGUCCAAGAACCGAUGGUCCACGAUACCGCAGGCCCUCAAGAACCUUGGAGGGCGCAGGCGAGACUCGACGGCUGCCUCGCAGGAGACGCCCAAAUUCACCAUGGUCGUCGACGACCUCCGCCGGCUGAAGCUCACGGAAGACAACCUGAACAUGCACGAGCACGAAGCAAACCGCUCUUCCGUCGCCCCCCGACGCCAGUCCACUCUCGGCAUGAUUCCCACGCCCCAAUACUCGCCCUUUGACCCGUCUGCCAAGAAAUCCGCGCCCCAGCUCGGUGCGCCUCUCCCCGCGCCCUUUGCCCCCUGGGCCACAGACGCACCUCCCAGUCCCAGCGCAUCCAUCGACUACCAACGGCGGCGCCGUAGCAGCGGCACCUCGUCGCUCUCCCCGAAGCCCACACCGCUCGGCAUCCGCGUCGAAUCUCCCUACCAGCAGUACCAAGCCCGUCCUUCGUCCAUGCACUCAUCGAUGCACUCGCCCCGUAAAGCCCCUCGUCUCGGCACGCCCGCCUCACGCCGCAACACACCCGCCCUCGAGCGCACAUGCAUUCUGUGCAAGACGGCCAAGCCAACAAUGGAAUUCAUGUCCCGCCGCAUUACCCAAAACUGCUGGCACGAGCCUGCUACGUGCGCGGGAUGCUUCCACGCGUGGAUCUCGCGGUGCAUGGCUGCUGCGGGUGGGCGCGGCAUCGACGCUUGCUCGUGUCCUGAGUGUGGCGAGGCAAUGAGCAGGGAGGAUGUGUUUGCUGCGACCGGGGGUGCAGCCUGUCCGCCUUGA